AUGGAGUUUCAGUACCGCGCAGGCGACGCCCGCGCACGCAGCCCGUCGAGGUCGACGGGGGCUGCGGCUACGUCGGCGAACUCCGAGUCCGCUGCCACGCGUGUCCGAGAUGACUACGGCGGUGAUCGCUCCGGGUACGACGGAGAGAGUUCCGAGGCCUUGGCGCCGCGGCUGGCGGCUGACCCGGACGAGCUGCGGCGCCAGGCGGCCAAGGAGAGGAUACGGGAGCGGAUCCUGCGGGAGGAGGCUGAGACGUUGGCGCUCGAGGCGGAGGUCCGGCGCGAGCUUAUAGAGGAGCUGCGAUCUCAGCUCGCGCGGUCGGCGGGCGCUUCCGCCAAAGGGUCGGAAGCCAAGGCCACGCCCGCGGCCCACCCGCCAUCGCUGAAAACGCAGAUUCCACGCGAGGUCGGAUCGAAACCAGAUAUGCCAGCAGCCUUGCCAGCCAAGCGGAAAAUUCAUCAUGUCCCUGCUGCAUCCAAUGUUUCGGCGGCAACAAGCAGCAAGAAGCUGAAGCUGGAUUUGACUUGCACGGUGUGCAGCAUCACGGCAACCAGUGAGACUGCCAUGCAAGAGCACCUAAAAGGGAAGAGCCACGGGAGGAAGACCGCUAAGCUUGCGCUGCCACUGACUGGAGCAGGUCAACAUGAGGUUAGUUCAAAGAUAAAUGGAUCGGCAGCCUGGCCAGCCGAGGGGGAAAACCCUAACAUGGCCGUCGCUCCCACGGUUUUCGCUGCCACGAGCAGCAACGAGCAGAAGUCGGACUUGACUUGCACGGUGUGCGGCAUCACAUCAACCAGUCAGAAGGCCAUGCAAGAUCACCUCGAAGGGAAACUCCACAGGAAGAAGGCCGCGAUGCUCCCGCAGCCAAUGCCAAAGGAGGACGUGUUUGGACCAAGUUUUAACGGUUCAGAAAGAAAACGUAUGGUCAUGGUGUCUGUAUUAUUCUCAACCCACCCUUUUGGACCAAGUUUUAACGGUUCAGAAAGAAACCGUAUGGCCAGCCUGAAACCAAAUGCAUCAGCAGCAGCUCUAAAUGGCAUCAUGGCGACGGGAGAGAAGGGCAUGCAAGAUCACUUCAAAGGGAAGGAUCACAUGAGCAAGGCCGCAGCGCUUGCGCAGCCGCCGCGGGAGGAGUCAGCAGAGCACGGCUGCCAGGAAGAGGCAGAGGAGGAAGGUGCCUACAUGCCGAAGAUAUACAGCAUUGGGACCGGCUCUGGGAAUUCGUGCGAGGUAGUGCAGAUGAGCGGGUUCCUGCUCUGCGAGGUGUGCAACGUGAAGGUCGCCAACCUUGUCACGAUGGCGUGCCACGUCCGGGGGCGCAAGCACAUCUCCAAGGCCAAGCAGAAGGAAGAGCAGGGCCGAGCUAUGGAGGUCAAUGGCGUGCGCCGAGUGGACGGCUUCCUGCUGUGCGAGCUCUGCGACGUGAAGACAGAGUCGGAGACUGUCAUGCGGACUCACUUGUCCGGUAAGAAGCACACCAGCAAACAGAAGGCCGCCGUUGACGCCGGUGCAUGUGGAAAAACUGUGCUAGCACAGGAGAUAACAAAUGAGGAUGUGGCUUUGGGAGCCAGCGUCGACAUAACCGUGACUCCAGGACAGCAGCCGAAUCAGGCUGCGGGCGCCGCCGCCGCCGUGGUCGGCGACUCCAGCAAGAUGGAGGUAGUGCCAUCGGCAACGCCUCGAGAGGAUGGGGCCGCCCCGGUUUGUGCCAGUUUCUCCGUGGCGCCCAUGGAAGUAGAUGAAUAUACAGAGGCUGGAGAUCGUACUGCCAAAGCUGAAGAAGAGAAACUGGAUGCCGAAGAAGAGGAAGCUGUUGAGAUCAAUGGCAUCGCCGCCGUGUCUGCCAACGAGUUUAAGAUCCAGGUGGAGGGCAAGUUGUGCAUCGUGCUGCAGCAGGCGGAUGGCAGUUUCUCGUGCGGGCUGUGCAACCUGCAUGGCUGCAGCAAGUACGGCAUGGCGGAUCACCUCUACACGCCGGAGCACUUGCACAGAGCCCGUCUCUCCGAGCAGAAGGAGGAGCAGGCAAAGAAGGCAGCGCCGGCGGUGGUGAGCAACGACAGCGAUGGUGUAGUCAUCCCGUUCGCUGAUGGAGCGGCUCAGAGUGGUGGGCAUCCGAGCUCGCGACCCUCUCGCCGGCGUCCUUCCAUAGAGUCGUCAAGGCGCUCCUCGAGACCGUUGGCCGUGCUCCCUUCCGCAAACGACGCGCCCCUUCUGGUGAAGUUCCUUUGCCGGCUCAUACACGCCGCCGUCACCGCGGGGUCCUCCGCCAAGACGUGCCGCGAUCUGGAGCUCUGCGUCGCAGCCGUACUCGACCAGGCCACCGUGGGCGACCUGCUGGCCGUUGCGCGCGUCAUCGCCACGUUCGUGGAGCGCGAGUUCGGCGCCGGGCAGAACAAGAGGGCGUCGCUGUCGGGAGCGGCAGUGGCGCUGGGCGUAGGGGCUUUGCAGAAGGUGGCCAAGACGGUGGACGAGGUCGUGACGGAGAAUUCGAUGCGCAUCUCCAAGCUCGUGGGCGUGCCCGGAGCGGAGCCCAAAGAGGCGCGCGCCACCCAGGACUGCCUGUACCGCGCCAUGGACAUCGACCUGAAAGCCCACCCGUCGCUUGACGAGAUCGAACGGGAGAUGUGUGCAGCGUCAUGGCUAGGUCCUUCAUUCCUGAUCAACAUGAAAGCAUGCGGCUUCGAAGCAGAAGUCUUCUAA